CCCGCCGCCCCCUGAAGCGGCCGGAGCCGCGCCCGCCGCCGGCCGGGACGAUGGUGCGCUGGGAGGCGGCCGCGCUGCUCGCCGCGCUCGUCGGUGUCUGCGUUUGGACCGACGAGACCGGGAAAGUUAUCUCGGAUCGGUACGCCGUCUACUGGAACCGGAGCAAUCCCAGGUUUCACCGCGGGGAUUACACGGUGGAGGUGAGCAUCAACGACUACCUGGACAUCUACUGCCCGCACUACGAGGAGCCGCUGCCCGAGCGGAUGGAGCGCUACAUCCUCUACAUGGUCAACUACGAGGGGCACGCGUCCUGCGACCACCGGCAAAGGGGCUUCAAGCGCUGGGAGUGCAACCGGCCCGACUCCCCCAACGGGCCCCUCAAGUUUUCGGAGAAGUUCCAGCUCUUCACCCCCUUCUCGCUGGGCUUCGAGUUCAGACCCGGCCACGAGUACUACUAUAUCUCCGCGUCCCCCCCGAACAUGGUGGACAGACCCUGCCUGAAGCUGAAGGUUUAUGUUCGGCCAACAAACGAUUCCCUCUACGAGUCCCCGGAGCCCAUUUUCACCAGCAACAACUCCUGCUGCAGCCUCAGGGUCCCACACGCCGUGCUCGUGGUGGUGCCGGUCGUCUGGACGCUCCUGGCCUCGUAGCACCGACACCGACGUGCCGGGGAGCGGCUCCGCGGGGAAGGAGCAGCCUGGGGACAGAUCCUGGCCACCCCGAAUCGCCUUCGAGUCGCGGCUCCUGCGGCAGCGGGACGUGCCUGGGGAGAUCACCGGUGUGGAGGGUUGGUGCUACCGGCGAGAAGCUCGCCCGGAUCCUGCUGCCGCGUGAAGUCCCCAUCUUCGCACGGCCACCGCGCCAGGACAUCGUGCCGGGAAUGGUGAAGGGCUGCCCCGCGGGAUGGAUCCUGGCUGCGCUUGCCGAAAGCUCCCAUCUCUGCGCUACGGCUCGCUCGGCGCCAGCCCUCCCCGUCGGAUGUCGCUUUUUACAUUUCUAGACCAAAUAUAGAGUCCUCGUCGUUUUGUUUUGUUUUUGUUUUCUAAAGAAAAAAGAUUUUUAUUUUUAUUUGUUGGGUUGUUUCAGUCCGGGCUUCCCCGUGUCAGACUGACCCACACGGGGCCGGGCUCAGCCCCCUCCCGCUGAGCCCCUCGCCGGGGCGGCUGCGGCACCCUGCCUUCGCCCGGCCACGGGCAGCGCCGGGAAGCCAGGAGAGACGGAUGCCAGCGACGGUGCCGAUGGCUCCGUUGUCGCAGACUCCUUCCCAGCCCGGCCAUCGCUCCGGCAGCAGGACGUCGCGGUGCCGGCUGCGGCGCGCUUCCCCUGCCACCCCUCCGCCGUGGGGGUGCGGGGAUGGGGGGGCCUGGACGGACACGAGUCCCCGCUGAGCGCCUGGUGGGGUGACCCCGUCCCCACCGCUCGUGCCACGGAUGUCACCGCUGUCCCCGUGGGACCCCGGGGCCGCUCCGCGAGCAGCAAAGCAAACUGGAUGCAUCCGAGGGGAGCGCCAGGGAUGGCCGGCACAAGGGGCACCGGCGAUGGCCGGCCGGCACGUGGAGCGCUGAGGACGGCCGGCACCGGGAGCACUGGAGAUGGCUGGCCGGCACGGAGAGCACCGGGGAUGGCUGGCUGGCACUGGGAGCACCACCGGGAGCUGGGAGCCGGCGGGCCGGGCUCGCCCAGCAGCUGGGAUCGCUCCGAGGGCGUUUGGCUGGAGCCGGGGCUGGAGCCCCCGUCCGCGGCAGGGCUGAUCUCGCCGGGGCAGGAGGAGCGUGCCGGCCCGGCGUUGCCCGUGGAGCAGGUUUUCCUCCUCUGCAGCCUUCUGCUCUGCACCGCGUCCCCCCCCCCGCGAUGCCUUGGGGGUGCGAGAGCCCCCACGGGGGGGGCCAGCGGCCGCGUGCGGGACCAUCGCGGCGCUCCCCACGGUUGCCCCUUUGUCCCCCGGCUGCUGCCGGCAUCCCCGGAGUUCCGGGGCUGGGCUUGGGGAUUUUUUCCUUUUCCUUCUUCGCGUUAAUAAGAAAAACUCAUCGAAACCCCCGAUCCAAGGUUGGCCCUGACCCCAGGGGUGGCAGGUCCCCAAGGAGGGUUACCCCCCGCAGCCCCGGGGCCUGACCCCUCCUCGCCUUAAAUCUGGGGCUGUCCCACCUGGGGGGGGUCCCGUGCCAUCCCGCAGAGGCACCCCCACGCACCGGGGGGUCGGUGGUCCCGGGGGACGACGGCAAUGGGCUCGGACCCGGCCGAAGCCCCUCCUGCGGGCGCCUUUUCCGAGCGCACCCCAGACCCUUCCGGCAGCAGGGGGGCCGGCGGGGGCUCCGUCCCUGUACAUACAGCGCUAUACUGUGAGCGGUUUUUUUUAUGUAUUGUUGAGAAUGAAUUUUAUGGAAGGGUUUAUCUUAUUUUUAUUUUAUUUUUAUUUUUUAGACUAGGAAGCUGAAAUCUCGCAAUAAGCUCAUCUUGACCAUCCAAAAAAUAAAAAAAAAAAAACACCCAAUAAAAAAAAAUCGCAUUCCCUGCCGUCCCGUCCCUGUCCCCGUGUGUCCAGACCAGGUCGUGGUUCUCGAAGGCGAGCGAAAGCAUCGUGUUUAUUGAGGGGAUGAGGGAGGGCACCCACCCAGCCGGGCGCUGAGCACCCACCGGGCUCCGAGGAGGAGCCGGCAGCACCCACCUGCCACGGUGCCGGCUCGCGGGGGAGAGGCGACGGCAAAACCUGGCCUUCGGUCUGUGUUUUAUAUAUAUAUAGAUUAUAUAUAUAAAUAUCUAUAUUGUGUACAGCGACUGUGGGAGAGUGGAAAAGCGAAUGCGGCAGCGAGGCUGGCAGGGGCCGGCAGCCGAGGCGAGGGGGUGCUGAGGGCUGGGGGUGCUUCGCUGUGGCCGGGCUGUCCCUCGGGAGCAGCCCAUCGUGGGCGCUGGUUCUGCGUGUUGGUCUCCGUUCCGCCUAGCUUCGUCCUUAGACACGCCGCUUUCGUCCUCGACGUCGUGCUGAUGGUAACCGGAUCACCGCCCCAUUUGGAUUCUGUAUUUUUUUAUAAUAAAAUAAAAAUAAAUGUCGUGUGA